CGGCGGCGGCGGGACCAGGCCUCGGAGCGCGGCGGGCGCGGGCGCAGUCCCGGCGGGCCCGGACCUCGCGGGCGGGCGGGCGGCGCGGCCAUUGGCUCGGGUGGCGGCGGCUGCGGCGGUGGGGGCGCCGUCCCGGCCAUGGGCGCCCGCGGCGGCCUGCGGAGCUGGAGGCGCGGCGCCGGCCGCCGGGCGCCUUUGUGAGCGGCGCGGACAAAGGCGCGGGCCCGGGCAGCCGAGGUGUGUAGCUGGGACGGUGCUGGUCUGAGCUGGACCUUGUCUGAUGGCUUCCUCCAACCCUCCUCCACAGCCUGCCAUAGGAGAUCAGCUGGUUCCAGGAGUCCCAGGCCCCUCCUCCGAGGCAGAGGAUGACCCAGGAGAGGCCUUUGAGUUUGACGACAGUGAUGAUGAAGAGGACACCAGCGCAGCCCUGGGCGUCCCCAGCCUUGCUCCUGAGAGGGACACAGACCCCCCACUGAUCCACUUGGACUCCAUCCCUGUCACUGACCCAGACCCAGCGGCUGCUCCACCCGGCACAGGGGUGCCAGCCUGGGUGAGCAAUGGGGAUGCAGCGGACGCAGCCUUCUCCGGGGCCCGGCACUCCAGCUGGAAGCGGAAGAGUUCCCGUCGCAUUGACCGGUUCACUUUCCCCGCCCUGGAAGAGGAUGUGAUUUAUGACGACGUCCCCUGCGAGAGCCCAGAUGCGCAUCAGCCCGCAGGGGCAGAGAGGAACCUGCUCUACGAGGAUGCGCACCGGGCUGGGGCCCCUCGGCAGGCGGAGGACCUAGGCUGGAGCUCCAGUGAGUUCGAGAGCUACAGCGAGGACUCGGGGGAGGAGGCCAAGCCGGAGGUCGAGCCCACCAAGCACCGAGUGUCCUUCCAGCCCAAGCUUUCUCCAGACCUGACUAGGCUAAAGGAGAGAUACGCCAGGACUAAGAGAGACAUCUUGGCUUUGAGAGUUGGGGGGAGAGACAUGCAGGAGCUGAAGCACAAGUACGAUUGUAAGAUGACCCAGCUCAUGAAGGCCGCCAAGAGCGGGACCAAGGAUGGGCUGGAGAAGACGCGGAUGGCUGUGAUGCGCAAAGUCUCCUUCCUGCACAGGAAGGACGUCCUCGGUGACUCGGAGGAGGAGGACAUGGGGCUCCUGGAGGUCAGCGUUUCGGACAUCAAGCCCCCAGCCCCAGAGCUGGGCCCCAUGCCAGAGGGCCUGAGCCCUCAGCAGGUGGUCCGGAGGCAUAUCCUGGGCUCCAUCGUGCAGAGCGAAGGCAGCUACGUGGAGUCUCUGAAGCGGAUACUCCAGGACUACCGCAACCCCCUGAUGGAGAUGGAGCCCAAGGCACUGAGCGCCCGCAAGUGCCAGGUGGUGUUCUUCCGUGUGAAGGAGAUCCUGCACUGCCACUCCAUGUUCCAGAUCGCCCUGUCCUCCCGCGUGGCUGAGUGGGAUUCCACCGAGAAGAUCGGGGACCUCUUCGUGGCCUCGUUUUCCAAGUCCAUGGUGCUAGAUGUGUACAGUGACUACGUGAACAACUUCACCAGUGCCAUGUCCAUCAUCAAGAAGGCCUGCCUCACCAAGCCUGCCUUCCUCGAGUUCCUCAAGCGACGGCAGGUGUGCAGCCCAGACCGUGUCACCCUCUACGGGCUGAUGGUCAAGCCCAUCCAGAGGUUCCCACAGUUCAUCCUCCUGCUUCAGGACAUGCUGAAGAACACCCCCAGGGGCCAUCCAGACAGGCUGUCGCUGCAGCUGGCCCUCACAGAGCUGGAGACGCUGGCUGAGAAGCUGAACGAGCAGAAGCGGCUGGCUGACCAGGUGGCUGAGAUCCAGCAGCUGACCAAGAGCGUCAGUGACCGCAGCAGCCUCAACAAGCUGUUGACCUCAGGCCAGCGGCAGCUGCUCCUGUGUGAGACGUUGACAGAGACCGUGUACGGUGACCGCGGGCAGCUAAUUAAGUCCAAGGAGCGUCGGGUCUUCCUGCUCAACGACAUGCUUGUCUGCGCCAACAUCAACUUCAAGGGCCAGCUGGAGAUCAGCAGCCUGGUGCCCCUGGGGCCCAAGUACGUUGUGAAGUGGAACACGGCACUGCCCCAGGUGCAGGUGGUGGAGGUGGGCCAGGACGGUGGCACCUAUGACAAGGACAAUGUGCUCAUCCAGCACUCAGGCGCCAAGAAGGCCUCCGCCUCAGGGCAGGCUCAGAAUAAGGUGUACCUUGGCCCCCCACGCCUCUUCCAGGAGCUGCAGGACCUGCAGAAGGACCUGGCCGUGGUGGAGCAGAUCACGCUUCUCAUCAGCACGCUGCACGGCACCUACCAGAACCUGAACAUGACUGUGGCUCAAGACUGGUGCCUGGCCCUGCAGAGGCUGAUGCGGGUGAAGGAGGAAGAGAUCCACUCGGCCAACAAGUGCCGUCUCAGGCUCCUGCUUCCUGGGAAACCCGACAAGUCCGGCCGCCCCAUCAGCUUCAUGGUGGUUUUCAUCACCCCUAACCCCCUGAGCAAGAUUUCCUGGGUCAACAGGUUACAUUUGGCCAAAAUCGGACUCCGGGAGGAGAACCAGCCAGGCUGGCUAUGCCCGGAUGAGGACAAGAAGAGCAAAGCCCCGUUCUGGUGCCCGAUCCUGGCCUGCUGCAUCCCUGCCUUCUCCUCCCGGGCACUCAGCCUGCAGCUUGGGGCCCUGGUCCACAGUCCUGUCAACUGUCCCCUGCUGGGUUUCUCAGCCGUCAGCACCUCCCUUCCACAGGGCUACCUCUGGGUCGGGGGCGGACAGGAAGGCGCAGGGGGCCAGGUGGAAAUCUUUUCCUUGAACCGGCCCUCGCCCCGCACCGUCAAGUCCUUCCCACUGGCAGCCCCUGUGCUCUGCAUGGAGUAUGUCCCGGAGCUGGAGGAGGAGGCGGAGAGCAGAGACGAGAGCCCGACAGCUGCUGACCCCUCGGCCACAGUGCAUCCAACCAUCUGCCUCGGGCUCCAGGAUGGCAGCAUCCUCCUCUACAGCAGUGUGGACACUGGCACCCAGUGCCUGGCGAGCUGCAGGACCCCAGGUCUGCAGCCUGUGCUCUGCCUGCGACACAGCCCCUUCCACCUGCUCGCUGGCCUGCAGGAUGGGACCCUUGCUGCUUACCCUCGGACCAGCGGAGGUGUCCUGUGGGACCUGGAGAGCCCUCCCGUGUGCCUGACUGUGGGGCCCGGGCCUGUCCGCACCCUGUUGAGCCUGGAGGAUGCCGUGUGGGCCAGCUGUGGGCCCCGGGUCACUGUCCUGGAAGCCACCACCCUGCAGCCUCAGCAAAGCUUCGAGGCGCACCAGGACGAGGCGGUGAGCGUGACACAUAUGGUGAAGGCGGGCAGCGGCGUCUGGAUGGCCUUCUCCUCCGGCACCUCCAUCCGCCUCUUCCACACCGAGACCCUGGAGCAUCUGCAAGAGAUCAACAUCGCCACCAGGACCACCUUCCUCCUGCCAGCCAGUCACGAUGGUCCUUGAGUCUGAACUGAUCACACGGGGAUGGCGGUUACUAACAACACAGUCCACGGCAGUCACAAUGGUGUAAUAACUGCCACCCUGCCUGGGCCUGAGGUAAUGAGGCCCCAAGUGCUUAUGUACAGGAUCUCAUUUCACCCUAACCCUGCGAGCUGGGGAUUGUCCCCACAUUACAGAUGCAGACACUGAGAUUGGUUCAGCAGGCCAGGCGUCUUGCUCGUGGUCAUGCAGUAGACCAGAGGCAGGACCACAGUCACAUCAGGCCGGACUCAGUCCAGCAUCCUACUGUAUGUAAUGGAGAAAGAGAGUUGGCUUGAGGCCUGGCUUGGCCAACACAUAGUAUCAGACAAGUCCCUUAAUCUCCCGGAGCCCCUCAUCCCUCUGUAAGAUGGGAUGUAGGUCCCAGCUCAGGGACUGUUAUGAGGAUAAAUGCUGGUGGGCUGGGAAGGUGGCUGUCCUGGGCCGGCAGGGUGGCAGGUGCCCGAUGAGACUGAACCCUUCACUCACGUUCUCCUGGGGUGUGUGAGAGGCUUGGUGGGACCUGUGUUUGGGUUGCCUCCUUCCCCCUCCCUCUCUCCCUCCCUGCCUCCCUCCCUCCCUCUCUUCUUCCCUCCCUUCCUCCUUCCCUCCCUCUCUUCUUCCCUCCCUCCCUCUCUCCCUCCCUGCCUCCCUCCCUCCCUCUCUUCUUCCCUCCCUUCCUCCUUCCCUCCCUCUCUUCUUCCCUCCCUCCCUCUCUUCUUCCCUCCCUCCCUCCUUCCUCCCUCCCUCCUUCCUCCCUUUCUUGUUUCAUAGUAUUUAGCCAUUAUACAAGUUCAAUCCAUUUUAACUAUGAUAAAAAUGUCUCUGUAUCACAAAACUAUCUCCACAUUUCCUCUGAUAGCUAAAUUAUUUCAAGUUAGUGGAACAAUGAAGAAAUGGAUAAUCUCAUGGGCUUUUAAAAAUCUUUGGAAUCUCAUCUUGUCGGCGCAGAGGAGAGUGAGAGAGAGUCAAGCUGAUCAAGUGGUGGGAGGCAGGAUGUGUGGACAGACCUGGCUGUAGUUAGAACAGCCGCUCCUGCCUGUACAACCCUGACUUUACUGUGUUUCACACGCACCUUCACGCCCAUUGUUUUACUUACUCUUUGCAGUUACCCUUUAAGGAAGGAAGGGCAUUCGUUGUUAUGAUGAUGAUUUGAGGGCCAGGUAAACUGGGGCUCAGGAGGUGAAAUGAUCGGUCUGCUAUCGCAGUGCUGAUGUGGACAGAGCCAGGAGCAGCCCCACGGACUCUCGUUAGAGCUUCCUCACACUUACUGUGUAGCCUUGGGCGGUUGUGUCCCUGUCCUGGGCCUCAGUUUCCCCAUUCAUACAACAAAGGGCUGAGAUUUGGGUCAUCUUGGCCAUGCUGGGUGGGGUAUACCAGAGCCUGGAGCCAGAAUUCCUCCUGGAAUCCCUCCUCCCCUGUCUUCCAGCUCUGACUGGGAGCACUCGGAGCACCCGCUUCCCAUCCUCGGUCCCUACCCCGCAGGGCAGGUGUAGGUGUUGUGUGAGACAGUGUGAGGACAGUGCCCACAGUCCCUGUCUCAAGCCAGCAGCGGUCCAUGAUGGUGACAUUUGCCGUCAUCGUCUUUACGGCAUCACCUCCCUGCAUCUCCUACGAGGGCUCCUUGCCCCUCCUAAGACCAUCCAGGUCAGUGUGCCAUUCCUGUCGCAUCAGCUGCAUCAGUGCAGACAGAGGUGACCCCUCUCUUGGCAGACCUCCCUGAGGCUGAACCCUGGAGAAGGCUGGAUGUAGGCUGAGAUUCCAGAGUGUGGGGUUUCCCGAAGGUUCCCUCUUCCCUCAGGCCUGAACUUUCCCAAUCAGUAACCCAGUGGAGCCUGGGGCCCUGCCAGACCAGUUCCUCCUGACCCCUCAUAUCUGAGAGUGGCUCCCUGAGCUCCAAGCUGAGCCAGAGCCAGCCCCAGCCACCAUGCUGGGGACCAGAGCGUGGGGGGCAGCUGCAGAUCCACCCCACGUUGUGCCUUUGCAGAAGCGCAACACAGCAGGAUUCUUAAAUUCUUUAUUAGAGAUAUUUUAAAAAGGCUUUUAAGUAUUUUUUUCUUCCCCCAUACCAGCAAAUGAAAUAAUUGCAUAAUUAGUAAUAAAUUUGUUCCUCUACUAAGUGUGGAUUUUUUUAGGGUGUGUUAAAAAUUUAUCACACUUCCUUCCCCUGACCCCUUUCUUCCACUCGAGUACUCGACUGGUAUUAAUGCAUUUUUUAACCUAAACUCCCUCCUCCUUUUAACCAGACAGGUCAUUAAUAAAAUGUUCUCCGAGAGCCUGAGCUUUUUAAAGUUGUAUAUCUCCAGAUAGAUGGCUUGGGUGAGUUGAACACUGCUGCAUUAAGUCUCUGUGAUAAAAUAUUUAUUCACCAUUAGAAUUUUUUUUUUCUUUCGGACUGUUUGUGAAGUGUCUUGCUCUUUUCCUUGAGGUGGAGGGGGAGGGGGAAGGCCCCAGAAUGAGGUCUGCAGAUGAAGUCAUUUCUCAGUUCCGGCAUCUCUUUCGGUUUCUUGCUUGCCUUCCUCCCAUUUGUCGGUUUUGCCGUCCAGUGGGGGCUGGGAGGAUGCAGGGCAGCGGGAAAUGGUCUCCUGCCGGUCUCCAUGCCCUGGGGGUCUUGGAGAGGGAGGCGAUGAGGCUUGUGGAAUGAAAAAUUCACCACUGUCCCCUCUCUUGGCUUAAUUGUUCUUGUGGGUUUAUGGCUCUGAUGGAGCUGAUCUUAAGACAUUAGCAUCCAGAUCCUUUUAAUAAUCAUAAACAUUAUCCUAAUAGCCUCUAUUUAUUGAUUGUAUACUAUGGACUAAGAGCUCUGCUCAAUUGUGUAUAUAUAUUAUAUGUAUAUAUAUAUGUGUGUAUAUAUUUAAUAUUUCUAAUAAUUAUAAAGUUGAGCAAGGCCGGUUUGUAGUACUCAUUGAUGGAUGAGAGAAAUGAUUUUUCCAAGUUUUCUCCUUUCCUUCAUCCAUCCAUCUGUCCAUCCGUCCAUCCAUUUACUCAUUCACUCACAGAUACUUCUUGAGAGUCUACCAUGAGCCACGGUACUUGGCCAGGAGUUGGGGAGUUAACCAUGAGCACACAGAUAAGUCACUGCCCUCACAAAGCUUGUCAUAAGUAAACAAAUAGCAAAAUAAGGUCAUCACAGACCUUGACCAGGGCUAAGAAGAGAAGUCAGCUGUUGAAAGGGGCUCAUGGCCUGAGCCUCCCCUGUUGGCCACCUCCAGGAGGGCUGGGGGCCUGACCCUGGACCGGAGGCUGCCAUCAUAGUUCUGAGCCUUCACUUUUGGAAUGGAUUUAGGUAUGGGAAAUAGUCCCAGCUCCACAGACACCCAGGUACUGUUUGUGAAAUAGUCCCUGUUGGCCAAGCCUGUAAGUCACUAGUGGGCUUUUUUUUUCAGCCUAGUUUGCAUUUCCACAUUGCAUGGACGCUAUGAAUGUGAUUUUUUGAGUUUGCAUCAUGUUGCCAGACUCGAAUCCCACCGCCUGCUUGAUAGCUCCACUCGGGUGUGUCUAAUUUGUGUCUCAGACCACACAUCCAACCAGGAGCUCUGGGCUUCAACCCCCAAACCUGCUCCUUUGCCAUCCCAGUCCAUGGCACUGCUAUGCACCCAGCUGCUCCAGGCAGAGGAGCCUCAGCGCUAUCCUGGGUUCCUUCCUCCGCUCCACCCCUGCUCCCCUCUCCCAGCAGCUCUGUCGCUCUGCUCCAAACAGGUCUCAAACAGGUUGGGCUCUCCUCACCUCACUGCCGCCGCCCUUCCCACCUGGGCAGCUGCGGGAGCCCCUGCUGGGCUCCUUGCUCCUCCCACUCCCACCCUCCACAACUGUAGCUAGAACGUUCCACUCAAAUCAGGUCACGCCACUCCCCUGCCUAGGCCUUCCGGUAGCUUUUCACUGCAGCCAGAAUUACGAGCCCCAGUCCUGGCCCUGACACAUCCCCUCUUCUGACCAUCUGGAGUCUGCCUUCUGUGCCCCAGGUGCACUGGCUUCACUCUGCUUGGCGGACUGGCUGAGCUCAUUCCUGUCACAGGGCCUUUGCAUGCCCUAUCUCCUGGGCCUUGGCUCAGGUCUUGGUGUGGCCACCUCCGCCUUGUCACCUGGCAGCCUCACGCCUGCCUCCCUAUCCUUCCAGGAAGUAGAGGGAGGCCUGAAGACCCGGGAAUCCUCCACUGGCUCUGCCCCGUCGCCCUGUUUCAAUCCUCUGCCUGGCAUUUACAUCCCUUGUUUCUGUUUUUGUUCCUGUAUCUCCUCUCUGCACCUCUGUGUCUAAUACAGUAGCCAUUAUUACAAUGAAAGAAAAUAACACAUUCAGUCCCUCUGCCACUAGCUAUAUUUCCAGUGCUCGGAAGCCACAUGUGGCUGAUGGCUGUCAAAUUGGACAGCACGGUAGGGAACAUGUCCAUCAUCAAAGAAAGUUCUUGAGUGUCUGUUCCUUAAGACAGGACUCUAUGUACAUGGUCCCAGCUGUGCCCCCAGCACCUAGUGUGGGGUCUGCCAUGCAGUAGGCAUCUGGGAGGUAAAUGGGUUGGUGAAGGGAUGGCACACUGUGUCAGGCAACGCUGGGUGUACCCUGAGUCGGUAACCUGCCUUUUGGGGUGAGAGAGCCACACCAUUUCUCUCUGUGCCUGCACUGCAGAGGAAGCACAUACACCCACAUGUAUGGAGUUGAAGUGUCAUGCCCAAGGAGGGAGAUGUGAUGGAAGCACUGGGCAGUGGUGAGCAGCAGACCUCAACUCCACCCCACCCUGCACUCACCAGGUGGGGGACCUCUUUGAGCCUUAACAUCCGUGCCUGGAAAAUGGGGCCGGCAUUUGUGUCUUGCAUACGUCUUGGCUGUUGCAAGGCUUGUGUCAGAUGAGAGCAGGUAUACGAGUGCUUUGGAAACUCCAAAGCUGUGUUUUUCAAGUGUGAUCCAUGGACCAGAAGCAGCAGAAAGUGGGAAACUUCUGGAAUGCAGCCUAAGCCUCUCCCAGAGGGCAGCAGGAUUAGGGCAAGAAGGAGACAGCCCUUUAGAAAGGCAGGUGCCCAGUGAAGCCUAAGGAAGUGUGGCAGAGCCGUCCACCCUGUGUGUGACAUGGUGGGGGGUCUGUCCCUGAGCCGGCAGCCUGUACCCCACGCCUCUCAGCCCUCUCAGAAAGCCUCCUGCCCCCUGCACUCCCAGCCUCUCCCUUGUGCCCAUUCCCAUUGCUAGAAUUGUUGGCAACAGUGCAGCAGCAGCGAUGACAGCAGGUAGCGCCCAUUUUGCCAUGUGCAGGCACGGGGUUGUUUUACGUUCAUUCAUUUAACCCAAUGGAGAGUAUCUGUGUUCCAAACAUCAAAAAGGGACAGUAAAAAUACGGUCCUAUAGGACUGCCAUUAUAUACACGGUCUGUUGUUGACUGAAAGGUCAUUAUGUGACAUGUGACUGUAUUAUCCUUGGCCCCUUUUACAAGUGAGGACACCAUGGCCCAGAGGAGUUUAGGAUGGGCCCAGGUCGUGUAGCUGGAGAGUGGCAGAGCCAAGGUGUGAGUCCCGCGCCUGGCUCUGGAGCCCUCUUCUCAGCCACCGUGCUGGGCAGCCCACACCUGGCAUCCUCUCUGUUAGGGGCAGGGGACUGCCCCCAUGCCCUCCCUGAUAUUGCUAUUCUUGCUAAAAUGAAGAGACAGAGCUGAGGGGAGAGCUAAAAAGAACGAAUCUGGACUGGCAUCAGAAACAUGCUGCUUCCCACCAGCGAGUUUUGUGCUUCACUCUUGGGCCCAGGGCCUGCAGGGUGUGCUGUGACCUCAUCUGAAGAAGCACCCACACGGGCAGGCCCUGAGGGGCUGCAGCAGACCCACCUCGAUGCCUCUCGAGCCCCACCCGGCCCUACUUAUGCCUUCCAUCUGCACCAACGCCGAUGAGAAGCUUGCACCUCCCCAGUCUUCCCUGGUUUUGCUCAUAGCUGGCUGGCUGGAUCCCUGCAUGGAUGGCCCUUGUACAACCCUUUGUGCCAGAUGACCUGGCCGCCGUGUAUUGAGAGCGCACACAGACCAGGCGCUGUGUCCCCCAGUGCAUCCGCAUGGCAGCCCCACUUUACACAGGCGGAAACUGAGGCUGGUUAGGGGAGUGCUCAGCUGCAGGACCUCGUGGCCAGACCCCAGGCAGGUCAGCCUCCAAAGCCCCAGCUCUUACCCACCCCGCUGCCCAACUUCUUGCUGG